UAUGACGAAUUCUACCUUUUGUGCAUAACCAUCUCAUUGCCACCAAAGUAGAAACCAAACUUAAUUUAAUGAAAUGGUUCUUGAAAAUUUAUUCUUACAUCAAUUCAAAUUUCCCAUGUUUUAGAGAUUGUGGGAAAAUUUUCUUUUUGGAAGGAGAGAUCUACUUAUUCAAAGUUGUAAUUUGUUAUUUGAAAUAUUCCUAGAUAGAGUUGAAAGUAAGUAUGUAUUAAUUGAUUUAGAUGAGUUAGUUGGAUGAAGUUGUUCGGAUUCUAACCAAUUGUCGCCAGAAGUGAAUGA